AUGAGCCAGCGGUUCCCCAUCCAGUCCCUGCCUCCGCUCGAGGUGAGCGAGCUGGAGCACGAGGCCAGCAGGCAGGUCAUGCAGCAGCUCCUGGCGCACACCCUGCGCGAGUUCGAGUUCCAUUCCUACCACAACAGCGGCAUCGUGGACGCGCGGCGCUGGAAGCCGCACACGUACCGCGACGACAUCGAGCUGUACCGCGAGCGCCAGACCGGCGUCACGGGCAACAGCGUCUUCAACUCGCUGCGCCACUGCAGACUCGACCUGCCCAUGUUCUCGUCCACCAUCGAGACGCUGGCGUCCCCCACGAUGCUGCUCACAGGUUACGGCCAGGGACGCGUCGAGUACGCCAUGAGCGCGCUGGUCACGGAAAGCCAGCACGACUUGGCGCUGGCCGUCAAGUUCAAGCACCAGGACGUGGCCGACUGCGCCAUCCUCAAGACACUCGAGCCGCCCACGCAGGCGGAGCCCUACCACUAUUUGGGCUACAAGUUCUUCGUGCGCAAGUCGCCGACCGAGGGCCUGCUGUUCAAGCACCGGCACAGCGUCUACCUCGAGUUCAGCGGCAUCACGCGCUCCAGCAGGGGCGAGCAGCUGGGCUUCCACAUCAUGCACUCGGUCGAGCUGCCGCAGUUCCCCGACCUGAGCGACUACAACUCGAUCCGCGCCGUGCAGUCGACACGCUACAUCUACCGACAGAAGAGCACGCACGUGGUCGAGGUCUUCAUGCUCGGAAACAUGGAUAUCUCCGGCCGCAUCUUCAGGCCGCUGGCCAACAUGUUCACGGUUGAUGUAUUCUUCGGCGUGACUCGACUUUUGGAGCUCGCGGAAGUGCGUCGGCUCUCUCAGAUGGCACGCAACCAGCGAAACUUCGGGGCCAGCAUGGCCGUACUCGAAGGAGAGUCUGCCUGCACGGGGUGCAACCGCAGAGACACCAAGCACAAGAUGCCGCGGUGUCAGCUGUGCGGCAAGACCACGUGCAAGAAGUGCGCCGUCACCAAGCGCGUGUUCGUGGGGGACGACAUGGGCAUCCUCGGAGAUUUCGUCAAGGUACCGGCAUGCAGAGCCUGCGUGCGCCGCGCCAACACGGGCGGCCUUGCGUCCCCGCACGAGCGCGUGCUGCGCACUCCGGAUGACAAGCUCAACUUCGACUUCAGGAAGCCCAAACCAAAGCCCAGGACGUGGUCGAAGCCUGCCGAGACCCAGCGCCAUCCUUCGAUGCGACGUGAGACCUAUCCUUCGCGGGCACCGUCGAAGAAGGAGCCCCUCCCGGGUGAAUACUCGUCCAGCGUGCCGAUGACUUCGAAGCUGGACCGGCAAGAAGAGGACAAGGACAUUGUCGCCCCUCGCCUCAACGACCGAUGGAGUCCGCCGGCGUGGACGAAGCCCGCCCCCACAAACAAGUCCCAUUCCGACAGAGGCUUCCGCCACAUCCAAGCGGAACUCCCGGCCAGGCCUCGCGCCCGCACGCGCGUCUCCAUCCCCGCUCAAGGCGACGCCCCCAUUUACGGUGCCCCGCCCAAGACUCGAGCAAGUGCCGACCCGCAGCUCCCGUCGGGCAUGUCGCCGGCCGAGCGCGCCAUAAUGACUCGACUGUUCGAGCUGAGCAAGAUUGCGGAGGACACGUCCGCGACCGCGCACCUGAACGGCAUCUACUGCGAGCAGCACUGGCGCGAGGAGCUCAAGAUAGAGGUGGAGGCCAGCCGCUCCCAGGUUCGUCGCAGCAACGCCGUGACCUCGUGGGUCUGA